AUGGACUACGGUAAUUCAUUUGGAGGAGGUGGCGGUGGCUUCGUGCCUGGAGAGACAACCAGUCCAUCUGGUGGAAGGUCGGAGGCAAACAACACAACCCUUCGCCCGGUAACAAUCAAACAAAUCCUUGAUGCCACCCAACCCUUCCCCGAGGCCAACUACACAAUCGACGGACAAGAUGUCUCGAGCAUCGUCUUUGUUGGCCAAGUCCGCAACAUCAGCACGCAGGCGACGAACGUCACAUACAAGCUCGAUGACGGAACGGGCGAGAUAGAAACAAAGCAGUGGGUGACUCCCACCGACGACAUGGACACAACGGACGACCUGGGCAAGGAAGGGAAGGACCGCAACGGCGUCGAUGUCAAUGGGUAUGCGAAGGUGUUUGCGAGACUGAAGUCGUUGAUGGGCGACCGCAAGGUCCUUAACGCGACUGCUGUGCGGCCGUUGACGGAUGUCAAUGAGUUGCAUUUCCACUUCCUUGAAGCUGCGGCGGUGCAUUUGUUCCAUACGAGGGGUCCGCCGCCGAGUGACGGAGGCGCUGGUGGUGUUGCUGGCAGUACUAGUGCUGGUGGCGAUGCGGCGAUGGGGGGACUUGGUGGGACAAGCUAUGGAGGCUCGGAUGGAGCGCUCCAAGGUAUGACUCCGGUCGCGAAAAGGGUAUUUAAUUUGUUGAAGAUGGAGCCGCAAACGAAUGAGGGAUUGCAUGCGCAAUUGAUUGCGGCAAAGCUGAGUCUACCUCCGACGGAUGUGGUGCGGGCAGCUCAUGAGUUGCUCAAUACUGGGUUGAUUUACUCGACUAUUGAUGAUGACACUUAUACUGUUAUGUAA